UCCACUCUUUAUACCCCUGAUACCUCCUUUGUCCCACCUCCCACACAUGCGGUGACCUCACCCAUUACAACCAGCAUGUCCAGAGAUACAACCUCUCUCAUCAUCACCCAGUGCCUGGGCUUACCUCCGCUGUACCCGCACCCCACCAUACCCCUGUCUGCGCAUUAUGCCCUGAAUAUAUUCUACCAUGCCCAGAAACCUGCUCCUCUUAUUCUCUGUCCCCAACGCUCUAGGCGACCAGUUUUGAUAGCCUUUAGCCGCACCCUCAUACUACUCCUUCUCUGUUCUGUGGGUGAUGUGGAGGUAAACCCAGGCCCUGCAUGUCCCCAGGCACCCUCAUUUGUUGACUUCUGUGAUCGAAAAAGCCUUGGUUUCAUGCAUGUCAACAUCAGAAGCCUCCUCCCUAAGUUUGUUUUACUCAUUGCUUUAGCACACUCUGCUAACCCUGAUGUCCUUGCCGUGUCUGAAUCCUGGCUCUGGAAGGCCACCAAAAAUUCAGAGAUUUCCAUACCCAACUAUAACAUCUUCCGUCAAGAUAGAACUGCUAAAGGGGGAGGAGUUGCAGUCUACUGCAGAGAUAGCCUGCAAAGUAAUGUCAUACUUUCCAGGUCCAUACCCAAACAGUUCGAACUACUAAUUUUGAAAAUCACUCUCUCCAGAAAUAAGUCUCUCACUGUUGCCGCCUGCUACCGACCCCCGUCAGCUCCCAGCUGUGCCCUGGACACCAUUUGUGAAUUGAUCGCCCCCCAUCUAGCUUCAGAGUUUGUUCUGUUAGGUGACCUAAACUGGGAUAUGCUUAACACCCCGGCAGUCCUACAAUCUAAGCUAGAUGCCCUCAAUCUCACUCAAAUCAUCAAGGAACCCACCAGGUACAACCCUAACUCUGUAAACAAGGGCACCCUCAUAGACGCCAUCCUGACCAACUGGCCCUCCAAAUAUACCUCCGCUGUCUUCAACCAGGAUCUCAGCGAUCACUGCCUCAUCGCCUGUAUCCGCCACGGAGCCGCAGUCAAACGACCACCCUCAUCACUGUCAAACGCUCCCUAAAACACUUCUGUGAGCAGGCCUUUCUAAUCGACCUGGCCCGUGUAUCCUGGAAGGACAUUGACCUCAUCCCGUCAGUUGAGGAUGCCUGGUCAUUCUUUAAAAGUAACUUCCUCACCAUUUUAGAUAAGCAUGCUCCGUUCAAAAAAUGCAGAACCAAGAACAGAUACAGCCCUUGGUUCACUCCAGACCUGACUGCCCUCGACCAGCACAAAAACAUCCUGUGGCGGACUGCAAUAGCAUCGAAUAGCCCCCGUGAUAUGCAACUGUUCAGGGAAGUCAGGAACCAAUACACGCAGUCAGUCAGGAAAGCUAAGGCCAGCUUCUUCAGGCAGAAGUUUGCAUCCUGUAGCUCCAACUCCAAAAGUUCUGGGACACUGUGAAGUCCAUGGAGAACAAGAGCACCUCCUCCCAGCUGCCCACUGCACUGAGGCUAGGAAACACGGUCUCCACCGAUAAAUCCAUGAUUAUCGAAAACUUCAAUAAGCACUUCUCAACGGCUGGCCAUGCCUUCCGCCUGGCUACUCCAACCUCGGCCAACAGCUC